GCCAUUCGCCAUGCCGAUGCGCGCAUCCCCCACUACACGUACAGCUGUCGACCUAACCUUGCCACCCACUCUCUCGCGCGCGCAAGCGAGCGAGCACACAAACCCUACCACCGAAGGCCAUGAACACACCACGGCCGCGGUCGCCACCACUGUUCAAGCCAACCACACAUCCCCCACCACCGCUCCUCUCUCCGGCCACCACCACCUCCCCUUCCUCCCGCGACUUCGACUUCUCCUUCUCCUGCUACCUCCCUUCCUCGCCUCCGUCCGCCGCCGACAUGUCCCGCACGCCGCCCCUCGGCCGCGUCGGCAGCGACCUCAGCCACAACAACUACGCCAAAGCAAGCCAUCAUCAUCACCAAGCCUCAGGCGGCGGCAAGGACAGGGACAAGGCCAAGAACAAGGCGUCGUCGCCGUUCUUCUCCGGGCUUGGCGGCUCGUGGAGAUCAGGCGAGAGCAGGGACACGGCCGGGAAGGCCGAGGAGGUGAAGAGGAAGGCGAGGGCGAGGAGGGGGCUGGACGUGGGGCAGUGGGUGAAAAAGUACAUGGCGUCCAUGGUGGAGCACCUGCUCGCCUCCUUCUCCGGCCGCCACGGCGGGGAGAGGGAUAGGCGGGAGCAGCAGCGGCGGAGGCCGCACUCGUUCUCGGUGCACGGCCCGAGCGCUCUGAGGGAGCAGCGGGAGCGGUGGAGGCGGCGGCGCGGGCAGCUCUCCUCGGCGCCGGCCUCGCUGCGCGCGUCUCCGACGAACAGCGGCCACCUGUCCGUGGGCGGGUCGGUGAAGGUCUCGACUUCGUCGGAGGAGAGCACCAUGGAGGAGCUGCAGAGCGCCAUAGAGGCCGCCAUCGCGCACUGCAAGAACUCCAUCGCCGUGGCCAAGUAAACCGAGGCUAGUGUAAAAUGUAACAAGUAAAAAUUCAUCGUCGUACGGAGACGCACAUGUGCCUAUUGCCAUGCGUACGUGUCGCGAGCAUUUGAUCAGGUUUCCAAUAUAGCUUUUCGAGCUUCAGAAGAAGAAAAAAUAGUAAAUUUGGUACUCUCUCUUGUUCAUGUAAAGAUGUAUACGUAAGAACAGAUGAAAACGAAGAGCUUUAUAUAUACGUACGGAUAGUAAUAUACGUAGUAUCUCUUAAUUUGCAAAACUUUACUGCUAUUGUUGAGGUGCUUAACUAUCACUGUAUCACACUGUAGUGCUUGGAACUUGGCAUGGCGAUAUGAUAGUACUGGAAUCUUUGGAGUGACAACAUUGUCGUCGUUCAAUAAAAGCCCAGGACCGAUUCUGCUACACGCCACUU